AUGUUGAAAAUUGAUGCUUGUCAACGAAAAGAUUGGACCAACAUUUUGAACGAGUUGAAAUCCAUCAUGCUCAUGCUACUUUAUUCACUUCAUGACGUCACGACACUUGUAUUUUCAGAUCGAACCAAGACUGUACUUAUGGAGGAUAUUAGUUUAAUUUUUCGAUAUCAAUAUCCUUGGAAAAAGCACAAACUCAACUCUCCAUUGAUAGACACCAAUGAUCCCACAGUGUUUGAUCAAGCUUUGAUACAUUCAAAGAGCGAGAAGAAAGAACGUGAAUAUAUAUUGAGCAAAAGACAACAUUCGCCAUCGAUUGGUAAUGAAAUGGAAUUUUCACCCAAUAGUCCAACUCAAAUUUCCAUUCAAUAUGAAAACAGGUAUCGCAUGUAUUCGGUUGAAAAGUUGAAAGAUGGAUCCAAGAAGUUUCUCGACUCCAUCUUUCAAAGUCGAUACACAAAUAUUCUUUGUACACACAAAUGGCCUCAAUCGUUUUUUAAACCAUUUAUUCUUUCCAAAUAUAUGGAAAAUAUUACAACAUUACUAAUGGAUGGUAAUUAUGAAGUUUUGGAUGGAAUGGGUUCAAUUCGAUUGAAAAAUGUCACAGAGUUAGAUGUAACGAAUAUGGAACCAUGUACGAUCGAAAUCAUUGCUGGUGUCUUUUCCAAUUUGAGAUCUCUGAUUUUAAAUGAAAAUAGAAUGGGUCCUUUAAGUGCCAAAUUAAUCUCAGAAAGUUUUAAGCAUUUAACCAAGUUGGAUUUGAGUGGAAAUGCAAUCGGCGAUGAAGGUGCUCAUCAUCUUGCCAAUAGUGUACAUUUACAACAUUUAGUGAAACUCUACUUGAUCAACAAUGACAUUGGUGCGCAAGGAGCUAUAUGUAUUGCAACAAGCCCAAAUCUGACACAAUUACAAGUGUUAAACUUAUGUAGGAAUUCAAUUGGUCCUAAAGGUAUUGGUGCAUUAGCAUCGAGCAACAACAUGAAGAAUUUAACAGAGCUCGGGCUAAGCUAUUGUAGUAUUGGACAUGAAGGAGCCAUGUACAUUUGUUCAAGUAUCAGUUUUACAAACUUGACGUCAUUGUAUUUGAUUGGUAAUAGUUUGACUGAAACUGACAUUAGUUUGAUUUUGCAGAAGCUCAAAAAAUUGAAGCAAGCAUCCUUGUUCGCCAAGCCUUCGUUGGACAGGAAAUAA